AAAACAAACGGCAAAGUUCAUGUUACGCACGCUUCCGGUCUCUCUGUCUCUUUCGUUUCCAUGGCAAUGACGACGGAGAAGAUGCUCCAGGCAACAUCCUAAUGACAUUCAUAACGACAAUGUUUGAUAAAAUUUUGUAGCCUGGAUUGAGUUUUUUUUUUGUUUUUAUAAAAGAUCACAACUCAGACAAUGGGGAAGAACUUGCGUCAGAAAGUGACAUGCUCCCCAAUACAAAACCAUCCAGGAUUCAUGUGGGGGCUAUUUGACAUUCUCAAGCAUAACCAUUGGCGUUACAUCAAGAAACGCCUUCCUCACAAACGACCCCUUGGUGCUGGUAGACGAAGUGAAUCUCCUGUUACAUCACCAGAUAGUAUACCCGUAUCUACUAAGAGCAAGGUGGAUGAUAAAUCAAAUGUAGACUCUGGGCAAAGACCAAAGAAGCCUCGUUCUUCUGCAGUUAAGUCCAAAGAGUCUCCUAAGAAGCAGCACAGUUCAGAGGACAAGUCCAAGAAUCUCAAUUCAGAAGAGAAGAGGAGAAGAACACAUUCUGAGAUCAAAAGAUCUGUCAAAGCUUUGGUUAAGUCACUUGUAAUAGAAGACAAGUCUAAGAGGAAGAAAGGUCGUCACUACAGAACCUCCACUUAUCCUAUCCAAUCAAACCCAAAUGAGAAAGCGUCGACGUUGAGUGAAGUAGGCGACUCUUCUGAAAAAGAUUCCUCAAACAAUAAGAUCGUCAUUUCAUCCUCCACUGGUUCCUUGAACCCGCUUUACCUCAUGUCCGAGGAAUCAAGCUACAGCGACAGCGAAGAGUUCAAGUUAGAGAACACCACCACCAUCCCAGUUGAUGAUGAAAGUGAUGAUCAUUCCAAGAAGAGGAAGGAGGAUGAGAGAUCAUCGCCUACACAGUCAAAAGCAUGUCUUGAUGCUCUCAAUCUGAUACACAUGAACAGAAACUUCUUGUUAAAAGUUUUGCAGGAUCCAGGCUCUCCACUAGCCAGGCAUUUCCAGAGAGAGCAAGCUUUUAGCUCCAAGACCAUGAAUAGAGCUGGAUCCUUUCCUGCUACUCAUCAUGGUAGCAACACAGAGGAUCAUAGUAAUAAUGUAGAUGUUACGAACGAAUCAGUGGAGAAACUUGCUGCUGAUGAAGAGGGUUACAAGAGGAAGAGAGGAAAGAACCACCAAGUGGUGAUCAAACGUUUCAAGGAUCUAAGACAGAAGAUAAAGCAUGUCAUCAUCAACGAGAACAAGAGCGAGAAACACCGUAUCACUAUGGAUGCUGUCUUAGACAAAGUGCCUCGAAAGUAUGGUUUUUCUAAAGAUUUGAGACAAGACAUCUUCUCUCGCAGUUCUUCUGCUAAGAAGGAAGGUGCGAAACCGAGGCAGAUAAGAAGGACAUCGUCUCUGUGUGGAUCGGUUGAUAGAUAUCUUCAGCUGUACGAAAAGAGCUUCCAAAAGAGUAAAAGCACUUCGGAGAAAUCGAAGGUGGUGGUGGAGUCUGAGGAGGAACCAGCGUUGUUGUCUUGUAAGAUAGUUCCUAAAGUAUUGGGAAGGAUUCUUUCGUUACCUGGAACCAAGUCUCCUUAUGCUUUGAAGACUGAGGACCUUUCUAGCCUUUUCGAAACUUCGAGUAGAUCAAUAGAGCAAGAACAAGAUGGUCUCGACGACAUUUCAGAGAUCUCAUCAGAAGAUCGCUCUCUGUCUUCAGAAGCAGGAAAUCCGACAAUGAUGGCUGAGACAGAACAAGACAGAGAAGUCUCUAGGCUUGAUGUUGAAACUGGACCAAAAUCUUUGUAUGAAUCAUCAGUAGACUGUCUAAUUUUUGAUGAAAAUGCUUCUGAGUCUCAUAUCUUACGAGAAUUGGAGGUACAACAGGACCCGGACACAGAGACUUGUGGAACAAGCAAACAGUUAGAAAGCAUAACAGCAGAAGCCAUAGACGAGUACCUUCAGAUAGACGCACAAGAUAAAGUUAAAUUCAACUAUGUAAGAGACAUUCUCGAGAUCUCUGGUUUCAACGCACCUCAAUCUCUCUCAAUGUGGCAAUUAGAUUACCAGCCGUUAGAUCCAUUAGUCUACCAAGAAAUGACCACAACAGGAUGUAUGAUCCAAGUUCCAGAAUAUUCAAGAAACUAUGAUAAUGAAGAGGAAGAAGGAGAAGGAGAAGAAGGUGGUAACUGCAACCGCUUGCUUCUCUUUGAUCUAAUCAACGAGGUGCUAAUCGAAAUCUACGAAAGGUCUUACCAUUACUGCCCUAAGCCAUUAUCGCCCCUAUGUAGAAUCCAUCCAAUGCCGUUGGGGUAUAGUGUUUUGAAAGAUGUUUGGGUUAGGAUAAACUGUUACUUGCGUUACAAGCCACAUGAUGAGCAGUCGUUUGAUGAGAUUAUGAGUAGUGAUUUGAGGAGAGAUGCUGGAUGGAUGGAUUUGCAGUUUGAGAGUGAGUGUGUUGGGAUUGAACUUGAGGAUUUGAUCUUUGAGGACCUUCUUGAAGAACUGCUUGUAUCCGGUUAAGAACUCUGAAUCACUCUUUUUAUUCUGUUUGAGUUGUUAUUUUUUUUGCUUGGAGUUUAAGGUACAUAAAAAGAAAACAUGUGUUUGUAUGAGGUUUUUAAAAUACUCCGUCAAAUUAACGCAGCUUCAAUAACCAACAUAGCCCGUCUAGCUCAGU